AAAGAAACACCCCGUUGUGUUUGUGUGCGAAUUGUGAAGAAAUGGCAUCAUUGACUCUCAACCCUCCAACUCCAUCCCUCUCUUUGUCACGCUGCUUCCCCAAAAAACCUACCAUUUCCUGCUCCUUCACUUCCCAAUCUCAUAAGUGUAAGAGAGAGUACACGAGCGUGAUGAUAGUGCCCACCGGAAUCGGAGCUGCUAUUGGUGGAUUCGCCGGCGACGCCUUGCCAGUGGCUCGCGCCCUCUCUUCGGUUGUUGAUUGCCUCAUCACUCACCCUAAUGUUCUUAAUGCGGCGAUGCUAUACUGGCCAAUGCCUAAUGCAUUAUAUGUUGAAGGUUAUGCUCUUGACAGAUUUGCAGAAGGAUUAUGGGCCUUGCAGCCUGUUCACCAAAACAGGGUGGGGUUAGUUCUUGAUGCUGGAAUAGAACAGGAGCUCCAGGUUCGCCAGUUACAAGUAGCUGAUGCUGCAAGAGCUUCCCUUGGAUUGCCUGUUGUAGAAUAUAUUGUUACAGACACUCCACUGAAGGUAGAGAAGUGGGUUGAUCCUGAAACUGGCCAAUCAACAGGGAGGAUUAAGCACCCAGAUUCUUUACUUAGAGCUGUGCAGACUUUAAUGAAUAGGUCAAAAGUGAAUGCCAUUGCUGUGGUUGGACGUUUCCCAGAUGAUGAUACAGAUGAUGUAGAUGACUAUCGGCAGGGAAUGGGGAUAGACCUAUUGGCUGGAGUUGAGGCAGUUAUAAGCCAUCUAGUGGUGAAGGAGUUCCAAAUUCCUUGUGCACAUGCUCCUGCACUUGCUCCACUUACCAUGAGCCUAUCUCUAAGUCCAAAAUCAGCAGCUGAGGAGAUUGGUUACACCUUCCUGCCAUGUGUGCUCGCUGGCCUAAGCAACGCUCCACAAUACAUGGUCAUGCACUCCGAAUCCACGGACAAAGGUUGCAUAGUGGCACGUGAUGUGGAUUCUUUAAUCCUUCCAAAAGAUGCUUGUGGAGGGGCUGGAACUCUUGCAUUUGCAAGAAAUGGAAAAAAUAAGCCACUUAUAAUUGCUGUGGAAGAAAAUGAAACAGUUCUGGAUGAUACUGCAGAUAAACUUGGUCUUGAAGUGCUGCAUGUCUCAAAUUAUUGGGAGGCCAUUGGAGUUAUUGCAGCUCACAAGGCGGGGAUAGAUCCAUAUUCUCUUAGACGAAAUAAAAUUCUUAACAUAGGGUGCACUCCUUGUAUGCCUGUCAAUGGUCAUUCCAUUUCAAGAGAAAGAGCUAUCUCCUGAUUAAACAUUUGAGAGUUUAAGGAUAAUAUAUCAUUCCUUUUAGUUAUAUAUUUAACCAUUAGAGAAAGUAGAGCAUUGUCUUCUAGGUUUUGUGUCUUAUAGCCCAUAGGUAUUUCCUAGAAGGUAGUAAUUCAACUUCUAACUAUCAUUUAACAUGAAAGAUCAAGUUUUAACUUUUCAAUAUGGAUUAGUUUCAGAAAUGAUACUUAGACA